AUGACGUCGACAGCGGAGAGAGCCGAAAAAGUGCUAGCCGAGAGCCUCAAAUGGGAAAAAUUGGUUGGCAACUUUUUUUUGAAUACGUUUUGGAAUGUUUUGAUAAUUUUUAAGAGUAUUGACGUGGAAGAGGGCUGCGGAGGCGGACACAAAUUCCGAAUUCUCAUAGUUUCGGACGCGUUCAGCGGAAAAACCACACUCCAAUCACACAGGUUUAAAUUUUACAAAAAUCAAAGAACUUUUGACAGAUUUCUGUAAAUAUUGACAUAAAACUCUUGAAUCUUCCCCGAAAUUCCCCAUUUUGCAGACUUGUGCAAUCGGCUUUCGGGCCGCUGAUGCCGGAAACGCACGCGCUGACAAUCUACGCGUACUCGCCGGAAAAGUGGUCCCGAAUGGACGAGGCCGCCCGUCAGACCGCCGGAUGCGCCGAUUUUGCCUAA